CUAUGACGGCAGCGUUGGCUGGAAAUGUGCCAUCUUCGACUCGCCAAUCAACGCCAUUCUGAUUAUUUGAUUUCACGCAAGCUGAGGGAACGGAUCUGCAUUUCUUGGUGGAUGUCAUGGGUCCAUAUGACGCCAACGAUGAUCAUAUCGGACCAACGCCCGACGCCGCACGUUAUCGUUCAGAACAUUUAAAUCUCCCUUCGUCGUUCGUUCCGCCAGGUACAAUAUUGCACAAGAUAGAACACUUACUUUCAAAAUGGGUUCAGCGCCAAUCAAAUGGAACGACAAGGGCGUCGAGCCCGAAGUCCCCAACGAGCAACAGAAAAUCGAGCAAAUGCACAAUCUCAUCAACAAAGUGCAGGAACACAAUUUCUCACAGCAUCGACACGGCUUCCGCGGUACACACGUCAAGACGCAGGCGAUAGUCAAAGGCCAGUUGCAGGUGGCGUCGAAUCUAUCCCCCGAGUUGGCUCAAGGGCUCUUCGGCAAAGGUGGAAAGACGUUUCCGAUUGCCAUCCGAUACGCGAACGAGCCGAGCUGGUUGCAGGAUGAUCGUGCCGGCGCUCCACGAGGCUGUGGGAUGAAGGUGUUCAACGUGGACGAUGCGGGCGCUUUCCUCGAUCCCACUGGUGAAGAGACGCAUACGCAGGACUUUACGUUCAACAAUGCCCCGAUCCUCGAACUUACCGACCUUCCGACGACGGUAGAGAUCUUCACGCUGCGGGAGAAGUACUUCAAGGAGAACGAUUGGGAAACAUUGCGGGCGAAGCUGAAAGAGCGAAAGGACAGCGAGUUGCAAUUCGCCCCGACUCAACUGCCCAACAACCAUUUCAUGGGAUACACCAUGUACUCGCAAUCGGCCUACCGGUUCGGGGAUUACGUCGUGAAAUACGCCCUCUUCCCCACCGGCAAAUUCCAGCAGGAGCUGGGGGAGAAAGCGGCGGUCAAUGACAACAGCGACCCGGAGCAGCACAGUCUGUGGCUGCGAGAGUACUUCCAAGCCAACGAUGCCGAGUUCGAUUUCCGCGUGCAGCUCUGCCGGAAUCUCGAGCAGCAGAGCGUGGAGGACUGCUCGCAGCAAUGGGACGAGGAGAAGUAUCCCUUUGAGACUGUUGGCAAGGUGGUGUUGCCGAAGGGCCAAGACGUGUUUGAUUCGAAGCGCCGGGCUUUCUGGGAUGAGCAGAUGAAGCUGAAUGUUUGGUAUGGCCUUGAGGCGCAUCGGCCGCUGGGCAGUGCGAACAGGCUGAGGAAAACGCUGUAUCAGGCGAGUUUGAAGAAGAGGGAGGAGUUGAAUGCGACAAAGGUGAGGGCGGUGAAGAGCAUUGAGGAGAUUCCUUGAGAUGUAGAUGACGAUAGACGAAUACAAAGAUAGAUGCAGAAGGUUGAACCCUUGGCGUGGUGGCUGCCCGGGCUGCUGCCUCGGCGUGCCACAGCCCUGUUCCGCCGUUGGACC